AUGUCGUCUCUUAAGCAUAUGGUGUCUUCAACUGAUUCCUCUGAUGGUGAUGCGUGGGCGUCCUCAAGGAAAAGUUCCAAAAAGAAGAGACCUCGACUUGAACAUCGCUCGAGUGAUCCAGAAGAGGGUGAAAUCCCCAGUGAUGCGUUUGACGACGACGAAGAUGAUGGAUUAGACGAUGACUUAUAUGGUGGUGAAGAGGACAAGCAACGUUUACUGAAAAUGAGUGAGAAAGAAAGGGAGGAAGAGCUUUACCGCAGGAGCGAGCGCCGUGAGGCGAUGAAGAUCCGAAGAGAUGUAAAAAAAAGGCUGAAGGAGAAAAAAGAAAGGGAAAAAGCUGAACGCGCUAAUAGGGAACGUUCGGGGGAAUCACCAAAGGACAAAUUAUUGAAACCAAUUAAGAAGAGUUCUGCUUACGCCAACGUGUACAGUUCGGAUAGUGAUCAAGGAAGCAGUUCGGAGGAUGAAUCGACCAAAGGCGGUCUGCGGGACCGGCGGUCUAAACGACUGCAAGAACUUGCCGACCGUCGAAAAGAGAUUAAAAGCAAAAAGGAAACUCUUUACUCCGCUUCUGAUGAUGAACGAGUGGAAUCUCAUUCUCAACCCAAACAUCAUUCCCGAAGAGGUGUUUAUUCAAGUUCGUCGUCGGAUUCUGAUUCUAGUCGCUCCAUGAUUGGACAGUCUGUUCAAAAACGACGAAGUACUUCCAGUUAUUCCCGGUCAUCCUCAACUCCAUCAAGUGACUCCAGUGACGACGAUCGGGGUCGUAGUCGUUCACCGGAGGUUGAAUACAUAACAACGCUUGAGCAACUCUCCAAAAUCAGGCUUUCACGAUUUAAAUUGGAAAAAUGGGUUCACAUGCCCUUCUUCGAUAACCUGGUAAAAGGGUGUUUUGUGCGGAUUCACAUUGGUCAGUGUAGAAACGUCCCUGUCUAUCGGUGUGGAGAAAUCAUUGACGUGAAAGAGAUGGCAAAACCAUAUGACCUGGGCAAAACAAGGACAAAUAAAGGUAUCGUCAUCCGACUGGGCAAGGAUCAGCAUACGUUCCGUUUGAUGUUUGUGUCUAAUUCGGAAUUUUUGCCGGUGGAAUUUGAGAGUUGGAAAAAGUACUCCAAUCAGGCUGGCAUAAAGCCACCCACAACUUCAUUCAUUGCACAAAAAACCGCUGAAAUCCACAAGUACCUGACCAAUCCCAUCAGCGAUGAGCGCGUUGUUGAACAGAUUAUUCAAUCCAAGCGGCGUUUCCAAAAAGUUCCCAUUAAUUUUGCCUUAAAGAAGGCAGAAUUGCUAAAACAGCGCGAAUUAGCAAACGAAAGUAACGACACGGAAACCACACGUCGGAUUGACAUGGAGCUGGAUGAACUGGAGACCCAAGCCGAGCGAAUUGAACGGCGCCGGACCAUUGGAUUUAAGGCUAUUUCGUCUAUCAACCAACGAAACCGUGCUCUAUCCUUAAAACAGGCCGAGGAGGCCAUCCUAAAGGAAGCUAAGGAGACUGCGGAAUCGCAUGAGGUUGAUCCGUUCACGCGAAUCCAAUCGAAACCCGUGAUUGCUACAAAGAGCUAUCUAGAACGUCUGAGAAACAUGAGAAACGGAAUACUUGACGAAAAUGCUGGUGAUGAGAAGGAUGGUACCGGAGCAAAAGGGGAAUCUGAAUCCGGAUCACAACUGGAUGCAAAUAAGGCGGACAAACCGUCAAAAUUUACUGCACAACCACCAAAACCACCAGAAGAGUCGUUACACGAUAUACACGACUUCGAGAUUGACAUCAAUGUGGAGUUGAAUGAGAACAGUAACAGGCCAAGUCUUGAAGCUCAUGACUCGGGGGUGCGUCGGCCCGUAACAACCCCCAUUGUGCCUAUACAUGGGUCGACGACAGGUAGCAACGCCGACCAAACAAAUAGUGACAAACCCCACCGUCGCUUCCUCAACCUUCAAGAGUACAAGAGGCGCCGAGGGCUUAUAUGA